ACCCCCUGGGUAGCUGGGGAUGGAGACCUGCAGGUCUGGGCUGAGCCGUUGGGCGCCUGGGAGGUUUGGGGCUGAGCUGGGGACCCGGGGUGGGAGGGCUUGGGACCCAGCCUCUGGUUUCCUUCCAGGGACCCUCCCCAAACCCACCAUCUGGGCUGAGCCAGGCUCUGUGGUCCCCCAGGGGAGCCCUGUGACCAUCUGGUGUCAGGGCACCCUGGGGACCCAGUGGUACCGUCUGAAGAAAGAGGGAAGCUCAGUAAUCUUGGACACACAGAGCCCACUGAGGCCCGGGGACAAGGCCAUGUUCUCCAUCCAAACCAUGAUAGAGCAUUAUGCAGGGACGUAUCGCUGUUCCUAUGACAGUCCCACUGGCUGGUCAGAGCGUAGUGAUCCCCUGGAGCUGGUGGUGACAGGAGCCUACAGGAAACCCAGCCUCUCAGCCCUGCCCAGCCUUGUCGUGACCUCAGGAGGGAACGUCACCCUUCAGUGUCACUCAUGGCAGGGAUUCAAACAGUUCAUUCUGAUGGAGGAUGGAGAACACAAGCCCUCCAGGACCCUGGACGCACAGCGACUCCCUGGUGGGCAGCACCAGGCCCUGUUCCCCGUGGGCCCCGUGACCCCCAGCCACGGGUGGACGUUCAGAUGCUACGGCUAUUUCAGGAAGAGCCCCCAGGUGUGGUCGGAGCCCAGUGACCCCCUGGAGCUCCUGGUCCCAGGUGUGUCCAGGAAGCCCUCCCUCCUGAGCCAGCAGGGCCCUGUCUUGACCCCUGGGCAGAACCUGACCCUCCAGUGUCACUCUGACGUCGGCCAUGACAGGUUCGCUCUGACCCAGGAUGGGGGACGAGGCCUCCCCGAGAGCCUUGUGUGGCAUCCCCAGGCCCACUUCCCCCUGGGCCCUGUGAGACCCUCACACGGGGGCCGGUACAGGUGCUACGGGGGACACAGCCUCUCCUCCGAGUGGUCGGCCCCCAGCGACCCCCUGGACGUCCUGGUGGCAGGACAGCUCCCGGACAGACCCUCCCUCUCGGUGCAGCCGGGCCCCACGGUGGCCUCAGGGGAGAAGGUGACCCUGCUGUGCCAGUUGGGGAGCCCGGGGGACACUUUCCUUCUGUUCAAGGAGGGAGCAGCCCAGCCCCCCCUGCGUCUCAGAUCAAAGAACGGGGCACAGCAGAGCCAGGCCGAAUUCCCCAUGAGCCCUGUGACCCCAGCCCACGGGGGCACCUACAGGUGCUACAGUGCAAACAGCAGCGCCCCCUACGUGCUGUCACACCCCAGUGACCCCCUGGAGCUCCGGGUCUCAGGCCCGAAGUGGCCGGUGCUGGUCCUCGCCGGGGUCUCCGCGGCCUGCGCCCUCCUGCUGGCCGUCCUGCUGCUGCUCCUGCUCCGCCGCCAGCGGCUGCGCAGGCGCAGGAAGCCGGGUGCUGCGGACGCCGAGCCCGGGGACAGAGGCCCGCGGCGCAGCUCCGGCCCCGCUGCUGACGCCCAGGAGACCCUCUAUGCCACCGUGACGGACGCACAGCCGGAAGGGGUGGAGCCGGACCCCCAGCCCUCCUGGCUCCCCGUCCUCUGUCUGACCGGCUGGCUAUCGGACGCGCCCCAGGGCCCGGGAGGGUGCAGCUGCAAAGGAACCACCCCGAGGUCCCUGGGGCCCUGCGUUCCUCCCCGACAGGGCUGCACGGGCUCACCCUUCCCCCGCAUCUGUAGAGCACGCAGGACGAAGACGCCCCGGGGGGCACGUAUGCCCAGGCUGCUGCACCUGACGCCCCCCAGGAGGUGACCUACGCCCAGCUGAACCACCUGACCCUCAGACGGGAGACCCCAGCGUCCCCUCCCUCCCAGGCAGGGCAGCCCCCAGCAGAGCCCAGCGUCUAUGCGGCUCUGGCCACCCGCUAGCCAGGAGGGCCUGACCCGCACGCCAGGGGGAGACUGCCAGCACCCCAAACCUGCCCCCUUGACACUACCUAACGACCCGCCAGCCUGGACUCCUCACGUGGACCCCCAAGAGCUCCUGGGACCCUCUGGGAGCCCCUGAUCCUGCAGCAAGAACAGCCGAUACUUUUAUGUUUGGGAA